ACAAGCCAAGUUGCGGCCAAUUCAGCCAAGUUAUGGCGUCACCGUGUUGGCAUCCGUGACGGCGGUUCGGUGCGAAGUGAAGUUCGCAUUUCUUGUGACGCGUUGGGGAUCUGGCAACGUGUUACCGUAGUUUUACAGGCUUUAGAAAAUAUCGUCACAACUAUUCUUCCUCCAUUAUAUAAAGUUAGCCACGUGUUUUUGACAUCUGUGGACCGUCCCAAAGUUGGAAAUGGGCAACAAGUUUCGGAGGAGUGCUAUUGACGAAACAUCAUAACUGAACGGAGAAGGAAUGGUGGCAAGAAGGUUUAGAGAUACAGAGUGAUUGUAAAGAGGAACAGGCGCUAUUUGCGCGAACGCCCAUAGCCACGAGAAGGAGCGAGCGCUUCCGUUUCAUGACAGGACCUCGGCAGACGUGGUGGCGCUGCUGGUCGCAGUUCGAUUCCCCUCUGGAAAGUGCGCAGCUGUGUAACCCCCUCCACAAAUACGAUUUCUCCUCGCUAUGCCGUGUUUUUCCGUUUUCUUCGUCUGGGCCUUGUCGAAUCCAUUCUAGCGAGACCAAUUAGUCGGUAUGUAGCAUUGCAUACCGAGCUUUCGACGUUAGAAAUGGCAAAGAAAGCCGCGCAGACUCACUGCUUCGUUCCCGGCUGUACAUCUGGAUAUGUGUCAUCGAAGAAUUGCGGCCGACGUGUGUCUUUGUUUUCUGUGCCGAAGGAGCCAGAACGCUUUAAAGCCUGGCAGCUUGUGGUUCCGUGUGCCGGUCAAGUUCUCAACGCAAGGUCAAGACUCUGCGAGCUGCAUUUUAAUGAACAAUUCAUUGUGCGAUACUUUACACACAUGAUCAACGGUGAAACAGUGUUGAUUCCUCGUGACCGGCCUGUGCUAACGAGUGAUGCAGUUCCGACAGUUUUCCCCGACCUCCUUCAGUAUUUAUCGAAGAAGGCACAUUGGAAAAAGAAGUCCAGAACGUCAACUCGUGGCCUGCCUGUGAAGUCUCUGAGGUGGGAAGAAAGUGAUGCCGCAUCCACUGAAGAGGUGGACGAUGCCUUAGAAGAAAGAAGCAUGUCUCCAGGAGCUUCCAAUUCGGACUCCUCCGUGCAACCUGAUGGUCCUCUAGACAUGGAUGGCGAAGAUGCAUGUCAGCCAGCAGCCCUGCAUCCGAAGACCAUCUCCGUAACCCCACAAAGGUGCAGCACUGGAUCUUCAAGAGAUGCAGCCAUCAUAAAUAGUGACACAGGAUUCUCCGGUGGCACUUCAGGAGCGCUAGGGAAAAAGUCUGGCAGGAAUAUCAUCAGGCGUCACGAGUGUACCGUGUGUAAGCAGCGCUAUACAAGAAAGCGCUAUUUGAAAGAACACCGGGUCUUGCACACCGGCGAGAAGCCGUACACCUGCCCCAUUUGUGGCCGGAAGUUUGCCCUACGAACUGGUUUCCUUAACCACCGGCGCAUCCACACAAAUAAGGGCCCUCUAAACAUGGACGGUAAAGAUGCAUGUGAGCCAGCAGUUCUGCGUCCGAGGGUCACCUCCGUAACCUCACAAAAGUGCAGCACUGAAACUUCGAGAGACAUGGCCAUCAUGGAUGGCAACACAGGAAUCUCCGGUGGCACUUCAGGAGCUCCAGGGAAGAAGCCUCGCAGGAGUCCUGGCAGGUGUCACGAGUGUGACUUGUGUGGGCAGCGCUUUACAAGGAAUCAGUAUUUGAAAGAUCACCAGGUCUUGCACACGGGUGAAAAGCCUCACGCCUGCCCCAUCUGUGGCCGAAAGUUUGCCCAGCGGAACGGUCUCCUUAACCACCAGCGUAUUCAUACGGCCGAGAUGCGGUAUUCAUGCGAGCUGUGCCCGUCCAAAUUCUGCAAGAAGGCGUCCUUCGACAGGCACAAGCAGCUACAUGCGAGUGGUGUGCAGCUGUACCACUGCAAUGAGUGCAGCAAGGUGUUCGAGUCCAGGACGAAACUGUCGCAGCAUGAGAGGUGGCAUAAGAGCGAGAAGCCAUACCCGUGCCAGCUGUGCCCAGCCGCCUUUGUAUAUAGCAAAGAUCUAGACAGGCAUGCACUGGUGCACACAGGUGAAAGGCCAUAUAAGUGUACUGUGUGCCAAAGACGGUUUUCCUGGAAGAAUAACCUUGCCUUGCACAUGCGCCGGAUGCACAGCGGAGUCAAGGCCAGUGUAGUAGGUGUUAGCGCCAAAACAUUGCCGGGUAGCUCACCGACCACGCUGCCUCCUGCAAACAUGGGCCACGUUUUUGAGCCAGAAUGCGUUCUGCAGUGCUAUGAGGAUGAGCACUACGGCAAUGGUGCUGCCAAGAUCAAAAAAGAAGAGGAGGAGAACGAAAGGAUCACGACAACUGUUGACAUCAAAGCUGAACCGUUUAGCCCUACGACUACGCAGCCUCUUCUAGAAUCUGUGCCUCUUAUCAUGACAAGUGUUGACAUCAAAACAGAACCGAAUAGCCCUUUGGCUACACCACCUCCUGUAGAAUCUGUUACUCAUAUCAUGACAAAUGUUGCCAUCAAAACAGAACCUAUUAGCCCCUCGACUACACCGCCUCCUGUAGAAUCUCUUACUCAUAUCAUGACAAGUGUUGACAUCAAAGCAGAACCAAGUAGCCCUUCGACUACACCGCCUCCUGUAGAAUCUGUUCCUCAUAUCAUGACAGGUGUUCACAACAAAGCAAAAUCAAGUUGCCCUAUGACUGCACCACCUCCUGACCUUCUAAACAUGGAUGGGAAAGAACCAUCUGAGCCAGCAGCCUUACUGCCAAAAGUCUGCGUAACGACAUUGGCAGGCAGCACUGACGCUUCAGGAGAUGCAGCCACCAUGGGUAGUGACCCAAGUAUCGUCGAUGGCACUAUACGAGGUCCACUGAAGAAGCCUAACGGGAGUGUCAGCCGGUGCUAUGAGUGUAGUGUGUGUGGGCGGCGUUUUGUGAACAGGAAGACUGCUAAAAAUCACCUGGUCUUGCACACCGAUGAGAUGAAGUACACCUGCACCGUCUGCAACCUAAAGUUUGCCCAAAGGCCCGCUCUCUUCAAACACCAACGCGUCCACACCGGUGAGAUGCCGUAUGCGUGCCAAGUGUGCCCAUCCAAAUUCUGCCACAAGGCAUCUCUGGACAGGCACAAGCAGUUACAUGCUAGUGGAGUUGACCUGUUCCCCUGCGACGAGUGCGGGAAGGCCUUCAGGCACAAGGGUAAUCUACAGCAGCACCUGAAGUGGCACAAAAUGGAGAAGCCAUACAAGUGCCGCCUGUGUCCGGCCGCCUUCGCAUUGAAGUUGCGUCUGGAUAGCCAUAUGCUCAAGCAUACGCGCGAAAGAUCAUACAGCUGCCCUUUGUGCCAGAAAUGCUUUGCCUCACGGAAUUGCCUCACAAUGCACAUGCGAUGGCUUCAUGACGGAGUAGAGACGGCUGCAGCGAAUGGGAACACCAGGGCUGAGAUCACGUCGCCAAGCAGCCCUUUGUCUACGCUGCCACCGCACCCCCUAGACAUGGAAGGAAAACAACCACCUGACUCAGAUUCCCUGCCACCAAGAAUCAUCGUCAUAAACCUACAGACAAGCAGCACUGAAACUUCAAAAGAUGCAGCCAUCAUGAAUAGCGACCCAGGAGUAUCUGCUGGCACUGUAGGAACCCCAGUGAAGAAGCCCCGCAGGAGUGUCGGCACGAGCCACGAGUGUAGUGAGUGCGGGCAGCGCUUUACUAGGAGGGAGUCUCUGAAAUAUCACCUGGUCCUGCACACGGGCGAGAAGAAGCACGCCUGCCCUGUCUGUGGCCGGAAGUUUGCCUUGAGGGCCAGUGUCAUCAGGCACCAGCACGUUCACACGAGUGAGAUGCAGCAUGCAUGCCCACAGUGCCCGUCCAAAUUCCGCAAGAAGUGGUCACUCGAGACGCACGUGCGCUUACACGUGAAUGGAGUGGAUUUGUGUCACUGCUCUGAGUGCGGCAAGUCCUUCAAGCAGAUGAAGACUUUGCAAUGGCACCUCAGGUGGCACAACAGAACAAAGCCGUACACAUGCCACCUGUGCCCAGCUGCUUUCAUGGACAACAGUGCUCUGGCCAGGCAUGCAAUGGUGCACACAGGUGAAAGACCACACAUCUGUCCUGUGUGCCAGAAACGCUUUGCCUUGAAGAAUAACCUCAAAUCACACAUGUGCCUGAUACACGGUGGAGUUGAGACUGCUGUGGUGAGUGCUGACAGUGGGGCGGAAAUUACGACACCAAGAAGCCCUCCGAACAUGCGGCCUCCUGUCGUGUCAAGCAUUGACAUCAAGGUGGAGCCAAGUAGCCCUCCGAGCACGCCACCUCCUGUUGUGACAAGUGUUGACAUCAAGGAUGAGAUUGUGCUACCACAUAGCCCUCCACCUUCGCUGCUUCCUAUUGUGACGAGUGUUGACGUCAAGGAGGAGAUAGUGCUACCGCAUAGCCCUCCAUCUUCGCUGCUUCCCGGACCUCUAGACAUGGAUGGAAAGGAACUAUCUCAGCUGGCAGCCCAGCUGCCAAGCACCACCUCCAUAACUCCACAGACAAGCAGCACAAACUUAAAGAGAAACAGCCAUCAUGGAGAUUGACACAGGAAUCCCUGGCAGUACCAUUUCAACUCCAGCUAUGCAAGUUAACAAAGGCAUCGGCGUGAACGAAUCCCACAAGUGCAAUGUGUGCAGGCCUUGUGUCACACACAUGUCUGACAAGGCAGACGCUAGCCCCAUUUGUGAGCAGACGCUUACCCCAGAGCACUCACACACUGCCCAACAACUCAUGCAGUAUGAUGGCAAGGAGCAGUUCACCUGUCAUGCACAAGAGCACCCACAUGGUCUAGAGCCUGUUCAUGUGCAAAGAGUUACAAGUCAUAUGCUGAUGCACAUCAGUGAGAGGCUGCACAAGUGUGACAUGUAGCCGGCAUUUCACACAUAAGGCAACGCUAAAUCGCCAUCUCCAUACUGACAGGUUCGAGAAACCGUACAAGUCUGAGUUGGGUCCAUCUGCUUUCUGUCACAAGAGGUCACUGGACAGUCACAAGCAGCUGCAUGCUUAUGGAGUGGACCUAUGCCACUGCCAAGAGUAUGGCAAGACAUUUGCACAGAGGGAAGCCUUGGAGCAGCACCUCCAGUAGCAUGCAACCUUAAAGCCUCACGUAUACCACCUGAGUUGAUAGAAAGCACUGUCUGAACAUGCACAUACAUAUGCACAUGGACAAGAAACUAUACGUGUGUUCCAUUUGUGAAAAGGCCUUUGCCUUGUCCUGUUGCCUUGGGAACUACAUGUGUCAUAUGCACAAUGGGGCGGAGUUCAGAAUGAUGGGUGUUGGCCACAGCCCAAUGCUUUCACCACCAAGAAGCUGUUCCAGCAUAUGUCACCUCCUGCACGUGUAAAAACUGAAGAUCUUGAAUACCUCUCGGGGAUGGACGAUCUGAUUACAGGUAAUGUGCAGUUGUGAUUAGCUGCUACUGCCUGCUUGGCUUUAUUAAACAGUGCAAAUGUCUACCAGAAUAUGUACAGUGUUGAACAAAAUGAUAUAGUAUUUUUGCAUUUUGGCUCGUCUGAUAUAAACUGCACAGAAAUUUGGUGCUGUGUUACGCCAGAUCAGCCUCAAACAAUGGCCUCCUGAACACUCAAUGAAAUGUUAUGUUAUUUGCAUCGCAUAGCCCAGUCAUCGUGCACACAACCUGCAUGUUCCAAGAAUAUGUUGCAAGGAAGCUUUUUAUACUAGUUCAAACAGCAUGUGAAAAUAUGUGCACACUGGGGAGAGAAAUUUUGAUAACAGGAGAGGUUAGCUGAGCAAAACGCUUCGCAAGCUACUGCAAGUUUACUAUAUCACAACAAACCAAACACAGAGAGAAAAAAAAAUCACACUCUUCCACUCCCACACCAGCUUGGAAGUGUGGGCAACAGUGAGCAAGCACCAUGAUAUCAACAUGGUGAAAAGUACAGCUUUAUGACCAUCAAUAAACAAAUUAAUAUCCAGCUCUGUCCCUUUAGCUGCAGGAAUGCAGAUCCUGUCCGACAUUAUUUUAAAAAGUUAAAACAGCUGCUAAUAGCUUAAAACUCUGGUAAUAAAUAUUUUUGCAAGAAA